CACAUGACCAAAUCAAAGUCACAUGGUCCCAAGUAAGAGAACGUAGCGGGGUCUCCGCUCGAAAAGAGUGAUGCACAUCUGACUGCCUAUUAUCUCUGUUUUCGCAGCAGCUAUUUAAGAACGCUCCUUUUCGUGUUUUGAAGAGUGUACAGUUCCGAUGCCGCACAUGAUUCACUGACGGCCAGUGACUGGUGAUCCAUGGGCAUGCAUGGUAGCAGGUUGCAUCUCCAGCUGAGACCCAGACUAACGUGACAACAGCAAUGGCCACUGUCCAGGACAGCCUCCCUCUGCCCCACACCUCUGCCUUGGUCUACUCCUCCUGGGCUGCGUGCCUCCAGCUGAUAGGCCUGGGCUUCGCCUUCUACACCGGCGUCUUCCUCCUCUGCCACGUCCUCUCGGCCCUCAGCUUCCACACCUACCGCUCCCUGCAGGCCAAGGAGAAGGUGUUCUGGAACCUGGCGGCAACGCGGGCCGUGUUCGGGGUCCAGAGCUCGUUGGCCGGCCUGCGGGCACUGACCGAGGACUCCGCCCUGUCGGCGGACAAGGUGGCCGGCCAGGAAGACUGGUCCUGGUUCACCAUCCUGACUGCCACUGGCUUCUUCCUCUUUGAGAACAUUGCGCUGCACGCCUCCAGCGUGGCCUUUCGCAGCUUCGACCUCCCCCUGGCCACCCACCACUUCUUCGCUCUGUCGGGGUACGCCUCGGCGGUGGUGUGGGACUCUUUGGGCCACUUCCUACCCAUGGUGACCCUGCUCCUAGAGAUGAGCACGCCCUUCACCUGUAUAUCGUGGAUGUUUCUAAAGGCCGGCUGGGCACACUCAGUCUUCUGGAAGGCCAACCAGUGGGUGAUGAUCCACAUGUUUCACUGCCGCAUGGUGCUGACCUACUACAUGUGGUGGGUGAGCUGGUGCCACUGGGACGCCAUUAACCGACAUAUGGUGCUCCCGCAGCGCCUGCUCUUCUUCACCGGCCUCGCACUCCUCACCGUCCUCAUCAACCCCAUCUGGACCCACAAGAAGACCAUGCAGCUGCUCAACCCCGUCGACUGGAACUUCGGCCACAAGCCGGCCCCCCGAGAGGCCCCGGGGGCGGGCGCGGGCGACGACAAACCCCACGCCAACUAGGACCCGGAGAGGCACAGGAUGAGGCCAGUUCUAGUCAGAGGUCAGAGGUCAAACCGCAGGUCACAGGGUCACAGCGAAGCACUAAUUCUAACGCUGUGAAUGAUGGCCUGCAAUUUGCGUGAUGGGUUUUGAGGAUUCUGAGGUGAGCACGGACUGUGUAAACAUCAUAUUUUAUUAUUAAUAUUAUUUUGUUUUUUAAAAAGGCUUUUUAAAGCCUUACUUCAUUGCAGGGAAAGAGUUGUCUGCUUUACAAAUUCAUCCUUGUUCUCUUAUGGACUCCACACAAUACUCUGUUGGUGUGGGAUUUAGUUAAAUUUAGUUUUAAAAAUAUUAAUAAUUUUUAAAUGUAUGGUGAAUAUGUAUAAUGGAAGGAAGAAAAUAGGGAGUAAUUUCAGUUUAUGACCUUUGGCAGAAGUGUGUUGAGAGACCAAGAGAGGUCUGGAAUGAGGUGCUGGCUGUUUGGAAUGCCUGAGGCCGUAGCUGGCUGAAUGGUAGUGACCAACAAAUUGCAUUUUUGCAUUUUUCUGCACCUGGUUUUCACAUUGGCUGUGCAAAGUAGUUACAAUGUAGAUGAUGAUAGCACUGGCUGUGAUGUAAUGUUUGGCUAGCCUACAUUUAAUAACUAUUAUUAUGAUGAACAAAUUUUAUAACCGUGGGGAAAUGGACUAUUGGUGUGCACAGCAUGUCAGAGCCUAACUCCACCCAUCCUCCUUCACUUAGUCUCAUAUGAACAAUCAGUAAGAUGAAAUGGCCACAGUCAACCAGGAAGGUCUACUGUAGAAUGUACAGUAAUCGCAGUCCGAGAAACAUUCUGAGGCAGUUCCAGCUUGAUCAUUGGAAAUGCUGGGAAUAUGGAUUUUCUUCCCUGUGUUGGUGUGUCCAGGGUAAACCCAAUUUCCAGGUCACAUUAACUCAGAGGUGGGCAAUUCCAGUCGUGGAGUGCCGAUGUGUAUGCAGGUUUUUGUUUCCGCCAAUUACCCUGGCUAAAUUAGCUGACUGGCUAUAUACGCCAACACUGGUUCAUUCAUAGAUCACAGUGAAAUGUUUCAUAUUGGGACUAGGGAUGUCCCGAUCCGAUCUAUGGAUCGGCUUGGACACGCCCAAUCUGAAUCUGAUUCCCUCCGAUACUACAAAACUUAGGCUAAUUCUUGCCUGUAGCAAAGCUUCGCCUUUGCACUUUUUUAGUCUGUCUGUACUCCGUUUACACCAGCUGUCUGAAUGCACCGUCACUCCUGUGAAAAACCACCAUUCGUUCACCACCGUGAAUUAGGCUGUUGUUUAUGAAACACGCAGCCAUCUGCUACGAUGUCUGCUGUGUGGAACGACCACGUGCAACAUUUGCAAUGCCAGUGUUUCAAGGGUGACACUAGCGCAGCUUCUUACAAUGCAACAAACGUGAUAAAGCAUCUAAAGAAACGCCACUCAAAGGAGUAUGCUGACAUUUUGCAGUUGUCUUUUAUUGGAGUCUUCAAGCUUGAUGAUAAUGCUACACCACUUCAAAGCAGGGCUUAUUUUUAGGUAGGAUAUAGCUACCGGUAUGAAUUCACCCAGCAGUAUGUGGUUUUGAUAUACCAUUUGUGUUGGUAUAUGAACUGUGUUUUAUUGUUUUUCAUCCAAUGAAUUUUUAAAAAAUUGUUCGUUGCAACAGUAUGAUGAAGAAGUGACCUUAAAAUGAAUUGUCAGGUUUGAAUGAAACUUGCAAAAUGUAAAAAAAAAAAUAAAAAAAAAAAAAUGUAAAAAAACGUGACAUGACUUUACAAACAACACGCACAGAGAUGUGCCAAGGUACAAUUAAAGGGGGCGGGAGAAGAAACACAGCCAAUACAUCAUGGCUGCUUUGAUUGUUAUUAGACUAUAUCCUUGAAACAUUCCAUAAUCUUAUAGAUGUGGUAUAUCGCCCAGUCUUACCUAGAAGUAUAUGUUUGCAUUGAAUUACAAACCUAGAAGCUAGAUUUUAACAUUUCUGCUUGAAUAUUUUGUGUUAGCCUGACAUUUGCCGGCUGAACAUAUGGUUUUUUUGUUCACUAUCCAAUUUUAAAAUAUUCAAUAUUUAACACCUAGUAGUGUUCAUGCUCCCAAUAAAAAUAGUGAAAUUGAUUUUUAUUUUGAUUGAUCCCAUAUUUUUCUACAGUCAGAGUAGGCUUUCAGUUUACUUCUGUAAUUUUCAUUGGAAAAUCAAAUCCUGUCAUACCGUCAAUUACAGUAUAUGAAAAAUAUGAUAUUUUGGUCAUAUCGUACAGCACUACUUCAGAGUCUGUACCAACUGAUAAUGGUGCGCUAGGAGGCCAUUAAAGAAAAAACAAAAUGCAGCCA